UUAAUUGACAAUUGUCUAAUUAAAAUUUGAAAAACAACUUAAUUUUCAAUUGAUCAUUAGUCAUUAUUACAAAAUCAUUAAAGUAACAUAAAGUACCGCAUCGAUUCACCACAAGACUUAAAUAACUCGACCUUUUUGUACUUAAAAAUUGUUGUAUACUCUUCAAACUUUUAUUCUGUAACUUGAGCUUCGUUUCGAAUGAAAGCCAUCUUGAUAUGUUAAUUCUCUUUGAAAUGGAAAAAUGAUUAUAGAUUCCUUAGAAGGAGAAUACCAAUUGAUUUUAUGCGAUGGGAUGUCAAUUAUCUGUUGAAAAUGCUAAAAAUUUGGUUGUGACAGAGCUGGGAUUUGAUAAAGCAGAUAUACAAGGAUGGCAACGAAAAAAUGGUUAUGUUGAAUGUGUAGCUUUGGUGAACCAGAAGUGGCUGAAAGAGCUUGAGAAUGAGAGCUACACUUUGCCAGAUGCUUAUCCCAGCAGUUGUUAUGAAAGAUUUCUAUAUCUCCAGCGAUCCAAUCAUGAAAUACCAAAACCUUGGACUCAAGUUAUAAUAAAAAUAUUCAAGAAACCUUUAAAAACUUUGUGUGUCCCAAAGACUCUCAAGAGCUCCAAUUUCCCCUACACAGACACAUUUGCUGAUUUAAUGUCGUACGUUUCAACGGAGAACUUCAAAAACUACUUGAUUCAAGCUCGUAAGAAGUACAGCAGUACUCCGGUCAGUGGAGAUAUAGAAGUCCAGGAAAGGAAAGGAAAGGAAAUCUUGCAAAGUAUUUGUGAAAAAUGGCUUAAAAUAAAGAUCAUUAAACUUCACGAUGAACCUUCGACCGAACAAGACAAGCGAAAAUCGUCAACGUUCGAACGUACAAAACGGGAUUUGUACGAUUUAGAAAGCGAACGACGUUUUUCAGGAAUCCAAGGAAUACAUGGAAUAUUGGAAUCUGAGAACUGUUUCUUUAUUUUGGAAUAUUACUCCCCACACACACUUCAAGAUGUCGUUUGGUUUAGUCCCAGUGUCAUAUCUUCCACAAUAACCAAACCAUUGUUUUUAUUUUACCAAAUUUUAAGAAUGUUUGAGAGCUUUCACGACAUGGGUUACUACUGCGGUGUGUAUAGUCUGGAGAACAUCAAGCUAAAUAACUGUUUGUGGUUAAGUUCGAGCUUAAGUUAUAUAAAUUUUGAUGGAGUCAAAGACGACAUUAAAAAUAAUGGUAAAUCGACAAAGCUAAACAAAAAAGAACUGCUUUCAAACGGUGCAUUACAUGAAGAAAAUUUGCAUAAUGCGAUAAGCCUACGGGAACUUGUCGAUAAAUGGGUAAAGAAAGAAGUUAGUAAUUUUGACUACUUGAUGGCACUCAACUCGAUUGCUGGCCGUCGUCUAGGUGACCCCAACUACCACCCCGUGUUGCCAUGGGUUACCGACUUCACAACUCCUUGCGGCAAGUACAGAGAUCUUACGAAGUCGAAGUUUCGUAUUAACAAAGGAGACUCUCAGCUUGAUGUCACCUUUAAGAACGUGUUGUAUUCCGAUGAUGGAGAUCACAUGGAAAAUCCUCCGCAUCACGUGUCUGGUGUGCUAUCUGAGAUCACGUAUCACGUGUAUUUAGCACGCAGGACGCCAAAGAAUGUGUUGACGAAACACGUACGUGCUAAGUGGGAACCGAACGAAUAUCCUUGCAAUAUGGAACGAUUGCAGGAAUGGACCCCGGAUGAAUGUAUCCCGGAGUUUUAUACCGAUCCCACGAUCUUCAAAUCAAUCCACCCUGACCUACCGGAUUUAGGAGUACCUGCCUGGGCUGACAAUCCCCAGGAUUUCAUAGGGUUGCAUCGUAAAGCGCUCGAAAGUGAUUACGUCUGCGAUCAUCUACAUCAUUGGAUUGAUUUAACGUUUGGAUAUAAGUUAGUCGGAUCUGCAGCUGAAAAGGCGAAGAAUGUUUACCUGCAUCUGGUUGAUCAACAUGAAACAAUAAGUAAUCAUGGAGUUGUGCAAUUGUUCAUCCAACCACAUCCUAAACAAGUAAGGCAUCAUCAAAUGGAUUUGUAUCCCACAAUGGUGAACCUAGAUGAUGAAUUGGAACACGAGAUACUUGGUGUAAAUAGUGAUGGUCAACGUGUUUUCAUUGAAGAAAGCCAAAAUGGUUUUGAAGUACUUCAUACUUCAUGGGAAGAUGUGGAUGGUGAAAUGAAAAAUGAGACAGCAGAAGAUGAAUCUGGUAGUCAGAAGAAACAAAAGAUGUGGCAACGUACCAAUUUAACGUCGUUUCUUCGUCUAAAAGAUAACGUUGAUUCGAGUACAGACGUUCUACCAUCCAUCGACAGUUUACCCAUCUCUUUGGCGAUUGGCUAUGGUCCUCUUGAAGAGUUUAAUCAAGUAGAGUUGUUGACAAAAUUUAAGUUACAAGCAAAAGAAAACACUGUUUCGUAUGCUAAAGAUUUAUCUACUUACAGUGAGGUUGCUAUCUUACCGAGGUCAGAAAUUCCUGAAACUACUCGUCACAGGGAGAUCCAAAAUAUUUGUACAAUGCUUGUGGAAAUGUUUUUGCCAGGGAAAAUGCGACUUUUGUCACCUGCUAUGACACAGAAAGAGCGCUUCAUCACUGCCAAACGAAUAUUUAGUUCGACCAAAAUGGCCGUGCCUAGCGCUCUUCGCGAUGGGAUGAAGACAUUGUUUGAUGAAGGCUGCGGAUUCAACAAAAGACAAGGAUUACCACCUUUAACUCCAGAACUAUUAAUUCAAGGACAUGUAGCCAUUUUCCCGUUUCCAUCCUGUUUCAAACAGUUUUACGAAUUUCUAGUGGAGUUUCAUUUGGGAAGUCCGUCCGAAGAGAACUGCUUAAAACAGUCAAAAACAGCUGUCACCUCUCCUCGAAAUGGUGUGUCCUAUACUAUUGAACAGGUCCACAUAGCUGUGAAGUAUUUGCCGGAUUUGGUCGACGAAUUAAACAGCGAAGGUCUUGAAUUACUCAUAAGCUAUCUCAUUCCGUUGUUUUCCUGCGAACAGACACAACUGCAGGCUUUUCUUCAUUUGUUUGACCCUAUUGCCGCUUUCCUGGGACCAAGACAAACAAAAAGGACAUUUCUAAAGAAACUGUUGCAGCAUUAUGAUGUGAAAAAGAGCAAUGCAUCUUUCCUGCUUUUUCAUCAGUCGUUCUUGUCGAAACUUAUCAUGCGAUUUGGCAUGGAACCAUUUUUGGAUCAUUUUUUAGCGUUAAUUGUUGACGCUUUAAAUCUCUCAGACAACGACAUGCAGGUAAAUGCGGACACUUGCAGUCAAGAUGAAGCUCCUGGGGUAUUGACUGAAGAUGAAAGAAAGAUAAAUCUUAAUCACGGACACUCGCUUGACUAUGAAAAUAACUCGAAUGACAUUGAAAGCGAAUCUUUGAAAGAUGUUUUGGGAGAUGUCGACGGACAUGAUUUGGACUGGAAAAACACAGAGGGAGAAUUGUUUCCAAUUACUGAAAAUGAUAAAGGAGAUUUCGGUGUGUUGUCUGGCGAGAGUCAAGAUUUGAAUGAUGUUGAUUCACAUGGAAUGUUCAAUUACGAAAUAAAUGACGAUUUUAGCAAGUUUGAUCGCCAUGGUGAUGAUGAUGACGAAGAAUUGGAGUCGAUUGAAAGAAAUGAUGCUAUUUUUCACAAGUCGUUUGCGACUGUAUCCCGACCCGGUUCUGAUGAAGAUUGGGAUGGAGUUGCAGCAACUGAUUUCAGUUUUGAACGGUCUCUUUCUUUUAACUCGGAGCGUGUAGAUGAUGAUCAGAAAGACAUAAGCAUGGAUUCUGGAGAAGUUUCUGCGAGUGAAAUUUCUGAAGCAGCAGCCGAUAGUAUCUGUUGGCUUGCACCUCGUCUUGGUCCUUUGUUAACGUCGAACCACAUCAUAAAACCUUUGCUAGGCAUGCUGGUAAACUGUUAUGUUGGUGUCGUUGCUAUGGGUGAUAAAGGGAUGGCUGUUGGUAAAUCGAAUGCCAAAUGGAUAUUGCAUUGUCUGGCCUUCUGCACUAAAGUAUAUGGCGAUGCGAUCAUAUUUGAUCAGUAUUUGCCUUUUGUUUCCUCUAAGGUCAACAUUUCAUCAUCGCGUGUUAGUGUAAAAGGAGAAGCCAGUAUGGCCGCUUCACUUGUCCUUGUACAUCAAUAUAUCUCUUCUUUCUCUGAAGUUUCUUUAUUGCAACGCUUUGAGAUAUUGUGUAGCCAACCUCUUCACCAGGUCCUCUGUCUCAUCUGUUCACCGUCAAUAUCGUUUGCCAGCGAAAAACAUGCUCGUUUAUUUAUGGCUUUGCUCAUUCUUGACAUCUUCAAGUUAGUAUGUGAAAUUCUCGAGCGACACUCGGCCCAGGACAUGCUCUCGUUGUUGAUAAACACGUUCUUUUCGUGUUUUGAACCUCUCGAUGAAAGCGCUUUGGAGCAACCUGGUGCGAAAGAAAUCUGCGAAACGUUUGAUGCAGCUUUAGCAUAUCAUGCAUACAUACCGCUGUGCAAAUGUCUCGGUGACACGUACAUUGAAACUACCCUAGAUAAGAACAAUGAUCUGGUUUGGCAAUUAUGCUGUUCCGUAGACACCGGACUGUCAAAUCACAUGCCUCCAAAUAGUCAGAUGCAGUCAAUAUUUAUUUCAUCACAGGACGGUAAUGCUAAUACAAAGAAAGGUGAAGUAUUCGAUGUGGAAUCUCGAAAUGAAAGCAAAUCUUUGUCCUUGGAUAGAUCUUUUGCUACGUCUAGUCAAAUAAAAACAAGACCAAAAGAUAUUUUUGUAUCAUCCAGACAGCAUUUAGCUGGAAACUGGUUGAAAUAUUGGAAAAAUCAUUUAGGAAAAAGAAAACAAGUUGAUGGCAAUACAUUUUCUCAAUUACGACUUCAGACAUUUGCUGGUCACAGUGAUGUUGUCAAAGAUAUUCACAUUCAAGACAAUGAGCACUUGUUUCUCUCGGCGAGCCGUGAUAAGACUGUUAAACUUUGGCUUCUCAAUAACUAUGGUGACGGAACGGGCCAAUCGGCUUCUUCGUGGACUGCAUGUGAUCAUCGGAAAUCUGUAUUUGCCGUUGAUGUUAUUGACGUAAUGAGACAAGCUGUGUCUUGUGAUGGAUCUAUUCAUCUUUGGGAUCUUCCUACUGGCUCUUCCGUUUUGCGACUCAAAUUUCCGAAGAGCAAUGAGGCGGUUUCUAUGGCGACUCUUCCUAGUCCCAGUCCCUGUAUCGUGGCUGGCAUGCAGAAUGGCACAGUCAGAAUGAUUGACCCUCGCCAGGGAAAUUUUGGCCAUACGUGGAGAGUGACUAGCAACAGUUUAGCAGGUUACAUAAGAUGUUUGUGUGUUACCCCAGACGGUACGUCGAUGGCCAUCGGCUUUGCAAGUGGUUUUAUGUCAAUAAUAGAUCUUCGUGGUGGAAUUCUUACGAGACAAUGGAAGGCUCAUGAAACUGAUAUUCUUCAGAUUCAACCUUACACUAACACGAGUUUUGUUACAUCGUCAUCAACGCAAAAGAUGCAACUUUGGGGUCAAGAUGCGUUGCGUUUGCGGACCUUACCAACUGUAACAGGUUCAGGUGAAACAGUGCAAAACAUUCAUAUUCACGAUAAAGUGAUCGUUUCUCUUGCGGGGAACAACCGCAUUGGUUGGCAUACAAUCACGGACAACGAGCCAAGCUACACACACAUUCGUCUCCGCAAUGAUGUAUUCAAAGGUAAUUCCACAUGUUUUGGAGUCCUACCUUUGAACAGAGCGUAUUUAUUUGGAGGAGAAGAUGGAAACAUUACUUUGAUGGGAUAGAACUUGGAUUUAAUAACUUUGAAAGUCGUCUCGUCAUUACGUAAACAUAUGAAGGAUUUUGAUUGAACGAUAAGCUCGAAAGUAUAAUUUUCAACAAAGAUAAAAUGAAAAGUAUUGAUUUAGACAUUAAUAUAUUACUAUGAUGUUCUUUAGGGGGUUUUUUUAGUUAUCUGGGGCUGUUGCAUGAAAUCCCGUGAAGGGAAAACUGUAAAACUAAGCUAGACAAUCAAUCGAAUUAAACGUUCGUCAAAUCUAA